AGCCAAGCCAAAAAGCUCCACUCCUUUUGGUGAGGCUUAGAAACCACUAGGACCCUCUUGUAGAAAAAGGCGGAAGACAAGAGUGAAGGAGCAAUGAACACAACUCCACCAACCAUUUUUAUUUAUGCCUGUUCAUAUGUCUUCAGUACCCACUCCUAUGAUGCAGAAUGCAUCACACAAGCUUUGAAGAAAAGGAUGGACAUUGUCUGCAUUGUACUCUACAGCUUCAUCUGUGUUUUGGGGACCGUAGGAAACGGGCUGGUCAUUUUUGUCACUGGCUUCCGAAUCAAGAGGACAGUUAAGACUGUCUGGGUUUUCACCUUGGCCACUGCUGACAUCACCUUCACCUUUUCCCUCCCGCUCUUUAUUGCCCAUAUCACUCUGGAUUAUCACGGCUGGGACAUGUGCAAGCUCAGCAGCGCCAUACUGUUCCUUUACAUCUUUUCCCGAAUUUUCUUGCUUGUAGUCAUUGGCAUAAAUCGUUGGGUUUGUGUGAGGUACCCAGUGUGGGCUUGGAAUCAUCAGACACCCCAGCGAGCUGCUUUGGUGGCCUUGGGUGUUUGCAUCCUGUCUUUGGCGGCAUCGUCUCCAUAUAUCUAUUAUAACCAAACUAAACCCAGCCCACAUAAUGUGACUUGGACCUUUCCCAAUAAUGGCCACACACAGGAACAAGGAAGACAUACUUCCCAUGGCUUAACUAUCAGCCUGUUCGUCCUUGCCUUUGUCAUCCCAUUCAUCAUCAUCCUUGCUUCCUACGGGGCAAUUGUUUUGAGGCUCAGGAAGAGCCCGUUUCCUCAAUCGGCAAAACCAUUCAGACUUUUCACAGCUGUGAGUGUGGUCUUUUUUGUCUGUUGGCUGCCUUUCCACUUGAUUUCUUUCUUUGAGAUACAAGGAUCAGAAACGUGUGGCCUGCAAAAGGUGUCCUUUGUUAGUAAUGACUUAAUUCACUGUCUGGCUUUCUCCAGCAGCUGUCUCAACCCCAUCCUGUAUGUCUUUUUGGGGCACAAUAACAAGGAGAGGUGGUCUCUCCUCUCUGCGAUGGAGAAUUCCUUCCACUAGGACAGCAGCCCUAGCACAACAAAGACCAAGGACAACUCCUCCACAAUGCUAGGCCCAAAAUUUAGGAAAGCAGUAUUCUCUGAGGUCAUUCACACACGAUCAAAAAUUGAGGCUUUACACACAAUUGGUCAAGCCUGCUCUCCCCGCAGACAAUCCUCUAGCUAGCCCUGGGUGGCCAGAUCAACCACCCACAUGACUACAAGCUCCAUCACAGAGUCGGUAGGGGCAACUGGGAUUGGGGGUUGUCCGCCCCCUGGAAGUCCCAAGAUGCCCAACCUGAGUGCAUGGGGCAUUCUGGGGAGACACCUUCCCCCCUGAGGCCGGGAGACUAGCUGCAGCCUCAAAGUCAGGGGUCUACUCACGGGUCGCCAUGGCGUGGUGACUCACGAUCGCCAAAACGGGGUUAGCGGAGCACUCGCCUCCCUCAUUUAAUGGGAGGCAAUUAGGCGAGCUAGCCACCAGAAGCCGCACAGCUCCCGGCAGUUCACACACAGGGGUGAGCCCAGUUUCCUCCACACAUGUGAAUAGCUUCAUUGUGUUCUACCGGAUUUUGGGAGCUGUUGUGUCUGUGUGGAAGCAAGGUAGGAGGAAAACCUACCCAGGUUUUCCUCCUACCUUGCUCCCACACAAUCACUUCUACCCAGGGAGGCUUUUCUCACAAAGUGGUGGGAUCCUCGCGGAACCCUCCCCUCCCCUCUUGCCUAACCCCCUUAAUAAACCUGGCUUUUAGCUGAGGUUAAAGGUGCUCUUGCACACUUUUAAUCUGGUUACCGGGAAUCGUGUGAUUCCUCAAGCUGCAUGCAGCCUGUGGAAUCAACGAGAUGGGCUCAUAGAGUGCCCGUUGGAGGGGGAAAUCCCUGAUGCAACAUGCAUGUCAUGCAUUGUUUUGAGGGCUAUCCAGAGGCUGGGACAACAAGUUCCAGCUCCAGAUCCCUUUGCCCUGUUCCGUGCUUCACAGAGGGCUGUCUGUUUGGGUGCACGGGAGAUGCGUGAAGCCAACCUGCUUGGUCAUCUGGGGGGAAGAUAAGUGGAAAUCAACCUCACCUCCCCCAUGCCCUCCCCACCUGCCCAGGGCAAUCGUGUGAAUAACCUCAGUUUUUUCUCCUACCUUGCUUCCACACAAUCACUUCCACUUAGUUUUUCCUCCUACCUUGCUUCCACACAACCAAAAAUUGGGAGAACACAGAGCUCCCAAACCCAGGUAGAACACAGGUUUUUUAUUGUGUGAAUGACCUCUCUCUGUUCCCAACCUCAGAUCAAGAUCACUCACUGUGUUCAUUCAGAUUCUACUUUCCAAUGAGAUCAUACACACAAUCAAAAACUGUGUUCUACACUGGUUUGGGAGCAGUCUGUGCUACCAAUUUUUGAUUGUGUGGAAGCAAGUUAGGAGGAAAACCUGGAUAGCAGUGAUUGUGUUGAAGCUGGGUAGGAGGAAAAACAGGGUAGGAGUGAUUAUGUGAAAGCAAGGAAAGGGGGAAACCUGGGUAGCUUUUCCUCCUGCCUUGCUUCCACACAAUCACUUCUGCCCAGGUUUUUUCCUUACCUUGCUUCCACACAACCAAAACUUGGGAGCACACACAGCUCCCAAUCCUGGGUAGAACACAGUUUUUGAUUGUGUGAAUGACCUCAGUGUCUAUCUCUAACCACUAAGAGAGGCAAAAUAUGCUAAAUAAAUUAGUAAAUAAAAAAUAAAUAUCUCCCUUA